AGGUGACAAGUGUAUUAUUCUCUCCAACUCUGCAACUCUCUAAACUGCACUUCUGAACUCUCACUCAAUUGAAAAGCUAACAGUGGAAGUAAUCUCAUGAACAACCAGGAGAACGAAGAUCAAGUCACUCUUCAGAUUUCUCCAACUUAUGGCUCCAAGGAAAAGGCUUCGUAAAAAAGUUGGAGGUGACAGACUCCAACUUAUGGAUCGAAGGAAAAGCCUUCGCAAGAAGGUAGUAGUUGAAGCUGCUAAGGACAUUGACAGGUAUAUUCACCCUCCGGAAUUUAGGGAUAAAUAUGUGCAUGUAGCAAAUAUCUCAAGCUUAAUGCUACUAGCCGAAGUACGAAAAUGGCUGUCGGUUGAUGAGCAAGCCAUAUUUAAAGGCACAGCAAUUGGCCAUCUACUUUCCGUUCCGGAAGAUUCCAAGUUCAGCGGCACCAUUGUUCAUUUCCUACUUUCAAGGGAGAUUCACAUGGAUGACAAACCAGAUGAAAUGCACUUUAAGGUUGGUGGAAAAUUAUUGCAUUUUGGCAAGAGAGAAUUUGCUUUGAUUACAGGGCUUAGUUUCAAGAAACCCCAGAAAGCUUUUGUGUAUUCCGCAAAUCUACCAUCCCUGAUGAGGACCCAUUUCCCCAACCAUAAUUUUGUAAGUGCAUCAAAAGUUAAGGCUCUCCUCUUCAAAAAGAAUUCUAGUUGCCCUUUUAUAGACAGGGUUAAACUAGCGUUACUUUUGGUUGUGCACAACUUCCUAAUGGGCCGUGAAGAUAGAGAUGGCAUAAACAUCGAUUAUUGGCAUUUAGUUGACGACUUGGACGAAUUUAACAAGUACCCAUGGGGCGAAAUAACAUUCGAAAGAAUUACAAAAUUUAGAUUACCACUGCUUUAUCAAGCCAACAAAAAGAACAGUGGUGCUGGUGGAAAACCUGCUUACAAGGUUGUCGGAAUUCCACAUGCGUUGUGGGUUUGGGCUCUUGAUAUCAUGCCUGGGCUGCUCAAUCUGUGUGGAAGAAAGGUAGAAAGUGAAGGCUGGCAACCUCAUAUGCUUUGUGUAUUGUGCACGAAAUCUCCUCCAUACCCGCAUAUUAUUCGAGCAUUGGAAGUGAAUGAUGUUCAUGUCCGUUCGGAUAUAAUGUGGCAAAAGGGUGAUGCAAAUCAGUUAAUAGUGCUCGGCUUCGAGGAAGGUACCCCCGAGUCAACUUCUUUUAUCCGGAGAGUGAAAGAAAGACACGAAUACCAUGGGGGAGAAUCUUCUCUGAGGGACUCUUUCCACGAGAGGAAAGACGGCAAUCAAGAUCAUGAAGUCUCAGAAAUGGCUCCUGUCUUUCUGUCCAAAAAGAGAAAGAUAAGUACAGAAAACUAUCGCCCUUGUAAAGGAAAGGGAAUUGCUAAUUAUGAACCUGAACAUUUUACUUCAUCAGAACCAAUGACUAUACCUGGCAUCCCUAUCCUCCACACUAGUGUGAAACACUCGCAUGACAAGGAUGCACCCAUCAGGAAUAUGUCAUGUUCUGGAGCAGAAAUUACUUGAAUUGAAUCACCUGAAGAGGGUGAGUUUGUUGAGGAAUCUGCGGAUGCUAGAAUGAAUACAUCCUCUUCUAAGGGCCUGACUACUGAUUAUACCUUGUUAAAUAUUUUGGCUUCCAUAGAUGUUUCUCCUUCCCCCCCAGGGUUUGCAAGUGCUUCAGCCCAAGAGAGAGUGGAAGGAUUUGAAUUUGUGGACAACUUCAAGAUCCUAGAAGAGCACGUAAUCUUAUAUAAGAAGAUUUAUGAAAAGCACGGGCAUAUGGCGACAAAAAAAGUCAUCAAGUUCAACGAUGCUAUGUUACUCGCAUGUGUUACCAGUUUAUUGAAGAUUAUACCGGCAAUGGAAAAUGUGCGAGGUUCAGAAUUGAGUGAAGCAUUGCUGGAGAGAUGGGAAGGAUUUAUCAAAGAUGCUGAGGCCUUGGAGUUCAAUAUUAAGUGGCUUCGUGAAGGAUUCAGUCGACUUAGGAACCAUUGGAGCUCUUCACUCCGGAUAGAUAAAGAAGUUGAAAGCCAUGUACAAGUAUUGAAUGCAAUGCAGGUCAGAUAUGAUUGCCUAUCCACAAGAGAAGAUCAACUUGAUGCUGAACUUUUAGAAGUAAAAAUUCAGAAAAGGGAAGUUGAAGCGACAAUUUCAUCAGAGCGAAAAGCUAUGCAAGAAAGGCUGACUGAGAAAAUCAAAUUUCAGAAUGAAUCUGUUGUAGGAUUACUGCUUAGCUGAAUUUUCAUACUUGCUCAAUGGUUAAAUCAAUGAUGUAUAUAGGUUGUCUUUCUUGUAAAUGGGUGUCUGUAGUUUUUGGCAGCAGGACGAACGAGGAUUUGAUUGAGUUUCGGGUGAAAGAGUGUCUCCCAAAUAGGAUCAAUUUUGUCAAAUUUGAUCGUUAUUCUGGAUGAGAUUCUUCACAAACCCCACUUAAUUGCAAAAUAGUUUUUGUCUCAACCGUGUAAUUUUCAGGUUACAUAUCGCAACUUCCGAGUCAAUAAAGCAUAUUUUGAGUGA